AUGGUCGAUUUCAAACCAUUGGAGAUUGUUUGGGGCACCCAGGAAGUGUUCAACGAUUCUUCUACAAUUUUGCCCGCGUCUGAGAUUGAUCCAGAAUCUUGUGGUCGAGUUGAUUAUGAGGACGAGCGUGUGGUGAAAGCCUUCCUUGCCGCCUGUUCAAAUCCAGCUGGAAUCAUACAGUCUAUUGACGACUUUCAGAAUGACCCUUGUCGACAAGCUGAAGAUUAUCGCUGCACAGCUUCUGGGAUCCAGGCCCGUUUCAAUAAGCUGCUGAUGGCAUACCACAAGCUUGAAGCCGACACUUGCUGCGAUAAAAAAUUGUCGGAGCUGCGCCGGCAGCUUUCUUUUUUGAUCAAAAUUACGGGCUUCGCGUCGGGGGAAGCAUGUUUCUCGGCACUUACUGUCUUGAGAGAGGAAAUCGUUUUCCUCUUACGCACCGUUGGAAGUUUGAUAAAGCGAGAAUCGGCUCAACCAUUGAUGAGGAAGACCUAUCUUCCGCUACAUGGCAAGUUCUCAAUCUGGAAUAGCUGCCUCACAGCAUUAGCCAUUAUUCGUGAAAAGCAACCGAUAGAGACAACGCCUUACUUGGAGAAACUGACCUGGAUCCAUGCCAAAUCGCUCGUAGACCUUUUUGUGCUUUCGGACUACAAAAUCGAGUGCCAAUGCUUUUUGUCUAUGGUGUAUAAUCUAAGGAAGUAUUACUUGCCAAAGCUGCUCGAGCCACCACCGGAACCCCUUCAAUCAACACUGUCGUUCGCCGACUGCUUCGCUCCAGUAGAAGCUCUCGAUAUAUUUAUAUUCGCGGCGGAAGUGGAGCGUUGGCAUUUUAAAGGUCAUGCCUUGUUGAACCCCGGUGCCGAAUUCCUGGAGACGACAUCUAAAUCAUUGAUCGAUCUGGCAGUACGUGCGUGGCCGAAAGACAGUUAUACAGUGGCCAUAGCUUUGAUAAAACUUGUCGAUCAAGGCUGCUUGAAGCUCGAGGCGAUACCCCGGGCACAGACUUUGAUGAAAGCGGUCUUGGAAUCGAUACUUGGUUCUGAUAUUCGUGAUUUUUCAUGCCCGCGUGAUCCAGAAAGUAUAGCAUCUUCCAAGCAACCGUUGCUCUCAGCCAAUGAGCACUAUUUGAAGCUUUUCGCCCUUUUGAUUUCUAACGAAAACCUCGCCAAGAGCAUCCACGCCAUACUGACCAGCAAAUUUUCCGACAAGGAUUUCACCGACCCGAACGACCAAAAAUUCGAGCGGACCUGUGUUUUGUGCCGAGUUUGGCUGCGUUAUUUGAAGGAUCCCCUGCCAUUAGUCGAGAAGCUGGAUAAAUGGAUCCGAGACGCGGUGACCGUCGGUCUACCGGGUGCCCAGCCACAGACUCAACAAUAUCGAUAUGAACAUGAAAAACAGGCCGUCUUUUACCCCGGUGCUGCCCAAUUCUCCAUCGUCGGCUUCACUAGUCAGAUCCCAGUCACUCAAGUCGAUAAGUGUGCAGUGUCUCAGGAGCGCCUAGUGACAAUCCGCGCGUUCGUCGCGCGAAUGAAGCGGACAUUACAAGCUGCUGAACAACGGGGUCCAGCCAAACAAACCAUCGCCGUGUUGGCGGAAUAUCUCUUGACGCUGGUUGAUACAAACAAUCGUGGAGGUGUGAUCGAGGAGAUGGCCGAAAUGAUUGUUGAGAAUCCCGUGUCCGAAACGAGCAAAUCGUCCGUCGAACGAUUGACCGAAAAUGAAUUCGGGCAAUUUUGCAGCUAUCUAGCGGCCUCUUGCACUCAAAAGUUACCGCAAUACAUCUGGGACCGAGCAGAGAAAGUGGCCAAGAGGCUGAAAACAGCUGAAGAAGAAAGAACGGCCCGACUGGCACAAUCCUACCUGCUUGCUCAGGUCGAAAUCAACAUUUCUUCGGGCACCUAUCUCGGAAAAGAUUCGGAAACCACCAAAUUGUUGAGAUAUCUGCUGGACACGCGUUUCAUAUGCGACAGCGUAUUUUCGUACAAGGUCAUCCUCCAUUUGCGCGAUAAGUUGGAGCGGGCCAGCAGCAAGGAUGUUGCACGAAAGGUGGAUGAUGUUUCAUGUCGGGUGGAUACGCUAGUUGCCGUCUGGAUCCGUUGUGUAUUUUCGCAUUUCAAAGAAGCCGAAAAAGUCCCGGGAUUUCGUGAGGCGUCUGAUGCGAUUCGGGACUUUGUGCGUAAUACCAGUGAGCCGGGCUCAUCCUCCGAGGCACAAUUUGAUGAUCUUUCUCGGCAAAUACUUGAAAUUCCAGCGGCACUCGGCAAAUGCUGUGAAUCGCCAGAGCGACUCGGCGAAUUCAGGCUUGAACUUUGGGUGCGUGCUGUAUGGAAAUGCAUUCAACAGUCGGCACAGCGUGGUUCUACAAUAGCUGCCUUAUUCGUCGCUCGGAUCCUGGAGAAUUGUGGAGCCUCUUUAACGCGCCAACUGGAAACCACGACUACGACAAUAUCUCAAAAUUUGCUUUGCUUGAUGAUGCUGUGUCUUCGCGUCUAUUUUCAAUCGAACGUGAAAGUCUACGAGCCCGGCGAUGUGCCUUUGAACGAGCUGGACGUGCUGCAGUCAUAUAUCACCAUCUUCCGCCACCUUACUGUUGACUCCAAGCACAAGGCCAUCUAUUUGGCGAGGUUCAAGGAACUUUUCAACUAUCGGAAGCUGAGCCUCGCUCAUCAGCUAACGAUCGACAGCGAACUGCAAAAGCAGGAAUAUCGACAAUGGAUGGAGACUACCAUGGAAGCCGCGACCCAAAGAAACGAAACUAAUAUCCUGACUGCCCUCUCUUCGAUUAAUACCGGUGCAAUU